UUGCGGCCAAAGUUUAGGUGUUUAUUUGAAACUUCCAAAAAAAACAAACGUACCCGCAUCCUCCGUAAAUUAUACACUUGAGACCCAAGCCCACACUCCCUCCCCACCACCAGCCAUCUUCCCAUUCGAUGGCUGCACCACCAACCCUCCCAAUCUCAAACCCCGCCCAAUCGCAGCCCCCCAUCUCCGCGACCACCACCCCCGCCUUCCGCGCCUUCCUCACCCGCCUCUCCUACUCCUUCCGCCAACUCUCCUCCAACCGCCGCCCCUGGCCCGAGCUCCUCGACCGCUCCUCCCUCUCCCGCCCCGACUCCCUCUCCGAUGCCGCCUCCCGCAUCCGCAAAAACUCCUCCUACUUCCGCGUCAACUACCUCACCCUGAUCGCUCUCGUCCUCUCCCUCUCCCUCCUCUCCCAUCCCUUCUCUCUCCUCGUCCUCCUCUCCCUCCUCGCCGCCUGGCUCUUCCUCUACCUCUUCCGCCCCUCCGACCAGCCCCUCGUCGUACUCGGCCGCACGUUCUCGGAUCGAGAGACCUUGGGCGUCCUGGUCGUGUCCACCGUCGUUGUGGUGUUCCUCACCAGCGUCGGAUCCCUUCUCAUCUCAGCCCUGCUCGUUGGGAUCGGGAUCGUUUGCGCCCACGGCGCGUUUAGGGUUCCCGAGGAUCUGUUUCUCGACGAUCAGGAGGCGGGGAGCACCGGCUUCAUGUCGUUCCUCGGUGGCGCCGCCUCUUCCGCCGCCGCCGCGGCUGCUCCAGCCGUUAUUUCCGCUAGGGUUUGAACCACACAUGCGCACUAUGUGAGUUAGGUUUGAUCAAGGCUUGAUUGGAUCUCUUUCGGAUGUGAUUCGAUGUAGUUUUGAGGGUUAAAUGAAUCGGAUCCCUCUCAGCUUCCCGACUGAAUUGUACUGUUUCUUAGAUUAUUAUGGAGCAUGAUUGAUUACCUCUGAUUUUGCAGUAGUUGAUUUUGUAUUUACGAUUAGUUUUCCUAUGUAAUGAUAUUGGAUUUGGAUCA